AUGUCUCUCCAUUACUCAGUGAAAGAUCCACUGUUCCAAGAACUAAACGGCACUUCGAUGAAGUAUUUACAUUAUUUCGCGACCGAUGUCUGCAGAGACCUUGUUCUCUAUGAUCAACUGGGCAAUAAUGCGUUCCGAGAACUAAUUCCUCUCACUCGCAAUCAUCCCGUCUUAUUAAAUGUGAUGAUCGCUAAUGCGGCAUUGCACAUGUCGAAUGCAUACCAAAAGUCCAGUGAAACAACCGGAUUUUCUCGUCCCGCUCACGAAUCACUUGCUCCUGGAUUCGCACACCGCAGCGACUCUAUUGUUACCUCUAUCAACCAGUUUCGAUCUUACAAAGAUUCUCUUGUAGCUAAGCAACGAGCUCUAGGGUUCCUGAGGUCCGCUCUACGCAACGAAGCUGCAAUGGACGCCGACAUAAUUCUGGCGGUGGUACUUCUCCUCAUCGAAUGCGAGCUUAUUGAUUCUGGUCGCAACACUUGGAGAUAUCAUGUGGCUGGUGCAAAGCCACUGAUCGAGAAAUUAUGUCAUCAGGGCCUAUCGACCACUGGAGUGAUGAGCCCGCUGUGCAGGUGUUUGAUCUCGAACUGCUUAGUGUUUGAUAUUUUGGGAUCUACUAUUGGUUCCACGGCUGGGAUUGCUUCCGGUAAUCUACUUUCUGCGGAGAAAAUGUCGCUACUACAAGAUGCGGAGGGCAACCACUGCUCAUCUAUGCCCGCCAUUCUCCUGCAGGUAGUCCAAGAAGGAGCUCGAAUCUUCCAAAUUAGCUACUCAGCAACACCAUUAGACUCCUAUACCACCGACAGGUAUCAGCAGCAGUUGAUAGCAUUGCUCCUCACCGCGCAGUCUUUUGAUCCACUCGGAUGGGCAACAGCUCUCCAACCGAGUUCCCCAGCAUCCGACACCGAACAUCGAAAGCAGGUCGCGUCAGCACACCAAACAGCAGUUUGUCUGUAUCUAUGUCGUGUUCUCCUCUUCCUCUGCCCGUCAUUAGUGCUUCCAUACGACCUUGAAUCUCUUGCCGCAGAUAUCAUAAGACAUCUCACGGUCAUCAAACCAAAUGAUGCUCUGUUUACUGCAACAACGUGGCCGGCAUUCAUCGCGGGAGCGGAAAUCAAUGACGAUGCAAAUCGUGCAUGGGCGAAGGAAAGGUUCCGAGAGUUGUGGAAUGUUGAGCCUUGGGGCUUGAUGAAAGGCGCGCAGCAAGCUCUGGAUCAGAUAUGGUCCGAAAGAGCGGAUGACGCAUCAUUCGACGACAACGGAGUGGCACUUGACAAUAUUAUGGGGAAGCACAACUGGCUAUUGCAUCUAAGAAAAAGGGGUGUAGACUGGCUAAUCAUAUGA